UCCUGUCCUCCUUCACUAGAACGGUGCUACACUGGUGCCGAAACCCGGGAUAUUAUGGAGCAAAGUCGCCCCAUAGAGUCCUCCCAGCUGGCAGAAGUCCUCCAAUCCCUCGCAACGCUGCAUCAAGGCCACCAGCAAUCCCUGCUUGAGCUCCGGCAGGACCAAGAUCACCGUUUUUUUGAGAUCAUGCGGGCUCAGGCAGAGGACCGGCUCGCCAUCCGGAGCCUCCUCAGCCAGGAGACGGAGCCGACCACAGCCACGACCCCGGACAGCCACGCUACGCUACCCCCGCCCACGUUACAGAAGAUGGGGGCAGCAGAUGAUCCUGAGGCCUUCCUCGACUUGUUUGAGCGGACGGCCGAAAUCUGGGGCUGGCCGCCCGAACAGUGGGCAGCCCGUCUAAUUCCUCUCCUGUCCGGGGAAGCUCAACUCGCGGCACAACAACUGCCGGCGACAAAUCUCCUGGCUUACACUGACCUGAAGAGGGCCAUUCUGCAACGGGUUGGUCGGAGCCCGGAAAAGAAUCGCCAGCUCUUCCGGGGCAUGAAGUUGGAGAAGUCCGUUCGCCCAUUCGCGUUUGCCCAACGGCUCCGUGACGCCUGUCGGCGCUGGCUGCUCGCGGGGGACCACGACGUCGAGGGAGUAAUCGACCAGGAGGUACUGGAACAGUUCGUUCAACGGCUGCCUCGGAAGACGGCGGGGUGGGUCCAGUGCCAUCGCCCGGCGUUGCUGGAGGAAGCUGUUCGGCUAGCGGAGGACCACUUGGCGGCGAUCCCGAGGGCGGACGAGCCCUCUUCUUCUCUCUCUCCCCUUCCCUUGUAUCUGCCCAUGCCCUCGCCCCCUCCCCUGUGUUUUCUCCUUCUGUUCUCUCCCCAGGGCCCGUUACUGCCCCGCGCAGGCGUGGAUGGUUCCAGAGACCUGCUCCCCGGCCGUGGGAGAAUGCGCCCUCCCAUUCCCCGUCUUUCAGCCGCUCUCCUCAGGUGGGGCGCCCGCCAGCACAAGUGCGGCCGCAACGCCUGGGCCGGCCUGUUGGAGGUGCGGAGACCCGGGCCACUUCCGGGAUCAGUGUCCACUGAUGGAGGUGGGGACGGUGGUGCGGGUCUCCGACGUCCCGCAGGCUGCCCCCUAUCGGGCUGGAGCAUACCGGAUUCCGUGAGCACGAGGAGAGCGGCAUAA